CUCGCUGUCCCUCCGCUUGCAUUUUGGACUAUGAAGUGGAGUUGAAGCCUUCUACCGGCUUUUUGGUUGUUUGUUUGUUUGUGACACAGCUUCCGUACGCAGAGCGAUGAUUACACCUCACCGGUCAUUGAAAAGAAAAACCCACUAAUCAGAUCUUAUGGUCGUAGAGGAAUACCUUGAGGAUGACGAGGAACCACCUUUGCUGCUCUGCCCCAGUCUUUCUCAUGCUGCUGGGUCCAUGGGGGGCUCUGACUACACCAUGUCAGCGGGCAGAGGGGUGUGUGUGUCUGCACUGUCCUGCUGGGCAGGAGCCCUCUAUGGCCUGCAGUGAGCUGGAGGUCACGGACGUGACAGCGGAGUGUCGUGACUGCCCGUCAGACACCUUCUCCGACGGCCACGACCCGGAACUUUGUAGGCCCCACACGGCCUGUGAGACUCUGAACCGGCAGUUGCUGGCGGCCGGCACCUCCCACUCCGAUGCAGCGUGUGGAGCUUGUCUACCGGGGUUCCACUCAGAAACUACACAGAAGUCCUCCCCUCUGCAGGCCUGCGUGACAACACCCCCGAAGGAUCCAAAGCACAGCGCGGGUGUGAGCGCCCCCCUCGGGUCUGGAGUGGGAGUGACGAACGCCACUGCGGCGCGCAGCUCCGAGAACGCGGAAUAUGCCGUCUAUGCACUCGCACCCGUCUUCUGCGUGAUGGGACUGCUAGGAAUCUUCAUCUGUAACCUGCUGAAGAAGAAAGGCUACACCUGCACGCCCGAGAAGGAGGCUGCGCACAAUGACACGCCUCAGAAAGAUGGUAACCCUUUCCCUUGCAUUGUAGAGAACUCCAAUGAAGACACGAUCAGUGUGCUGGUUCGCCUCAUUUCAGAAAAGACAGAAAAUGCAGCUGCUUUAGAAGAAAUGUUACUGGAAUAUGAACUGACACAGACAGAUAUCAGCAAGUCACCUCUUCUCUCACCCGAGCCCCUGAAGUUCCAGUCUCUGCCCAGGCUGUGUUCCCACCAGCACCAUCUCCACACAAUCAACGGCCUGGUCCCUCACUCCGGCUUCUGCUGCUCCCGCUGCAGUCAGAAGAAAUGGCCUAAGCUGCUCCUGCGUCCGACGCCCCUCUUCGUGGAUGCCAACAAGACAGCCCAUACUCCUGUGAAGCCCCCGUCAACCAACGAGGGAAUCGUCCUGUCUGUGGGAAGGUCAGAGGUGUUUGAUAGGUUCCAGGUGGCUCAGAUCCAGGAGAGUAAGCCAGUCUCCAUAUCAACGACCUCAACUGAGGGUCGCGACACAGACUUGGUUGAGCCUGCUGAGGGGAUGUCCUUCCUAGGCAUGGCCUCUCUCUCCAAAGCUCCAUCACCUCAUGCCGCAGACAGGACAUGAUCGACCAAGCGGAGUAAGAAGAGUAACGUCCUCCAAGACCUUUUGAAGAUGACAUCAUCAGCGGUCUAUGCUGGAAGUCAGACACUGAAACAGGAUAGUAGGAGUAUUUACCCCCAUGGGGAGUUAGCCUCGAAUUCUGAUCAACAAGGAUUUGAGUUUUUUACAGAAGUAAUUCAACUAUUUUAAUUUAUUAAGCAAGCUCAGGCCUCACAAACAGUAAGACAGGAGUGAGUGAGUGCUGCCUGCUUCUACUCUGAGCUUGUGUGCUUCCAGAAGACUCCACACGGGAAGGCAAGUCACCUGUGCAUAUAUGGAGAAUUUCUGAAUAAAUCUUUUGAUAAUACCUUAGUAAUGUUGAACAUAGCCAUAGACAGCUCAUACUAAGGCUAGACAGUGCUAGUUCACACUCUGACCCACAGCGACAUCUUUUCAUGUUUGCUUAGUUACAUGGUUUCCUCUUCGGCUCUUCAGCUUCCAGCCUCAGACGGGGCAGCACGUUUUCACGUUAAAGCAAUUUUGUAAAUAACUGUAAAUAUGUAUAGUAUGGUUUGUAAAAAUAACGAACAAACAAACAAACAAAGCAAAAGAAGCAAGGAGGUGUUUUUUUCCGCUAAGAUUAGUGCUCUGCCGUACAGACGUAGGCAGUGGGUUCACAUCGCCCUUGUCUGUGCCGCAACCAAACUGGGGCUUGUUUCAUGAUUAGAAAAUGUCGCAGUUAUUUUUACUCUCAUAGGUGUCCUUUUGGCCUUAAUGGUAUGCAGCAAGUUCUCUGGGCACGGGUUUGAUUCCCAACCACUGCCAUCAGCACUUUAUAUUAACCCCGGAACACUCGUCAGUUUCACAAAGUUGUGUUGGAAACUACCUUUAUCGAGUGUAAGUGUGUGAGUGGCUGCUUUUAAAUCCUCAAACUUCUACAAGAUGAUUUAUUUAAUACUCUACCAAACACUCAUGUUUUACAUGCUUACUGGUGAUCCAGUGAGGCAGAUGUGUGCUUUGAGUCGCGGGGUCAGGGAGGAAGACUCUGUACAUGCCUGUCUGUCAGAGUCGCACUAGGUUAGUGUUCACCCUGCUCUAACGCAUGCAAAGUAACUCCCGGGACUUCGAAACUAGUUGCUGAGCUAAAUUAGGUCUGGUUAUUGAUGGAAAACACUAAAACGUGCAGUGCUGUGACCCUCCAGGACAGCCCUGCUCUAGCCAGGGCUGUUCUAUGGCCCUUGUGGUUUUUAUUCCAAAUGACUCACUCAAUGAUGUCAUUCUCUGGCACUUAUUUAGCUAAAGAAUAAGGGCACAUUUAUGGCACGACAGAACACUUACAUUAUUUACGGUGUGUCAUCAAAGCUACCUCCCACUUUGAGCAGGGUUAGUAGUCAAGCGCAUGUUUAAUAUCUUUCAUUCGGCAUGCCACUGUAGGAUGCCCCCGUGUGAGUUUACACCGAACUAACCCCUGCUUGAGCCAGUCACACUGACGGGGAGGGAGACACACGCGUUGGGAAACUUGGGGUGUUUCUAAAACACACGGGGCAUGCAGGGGCGCUCCGCUCAGUCGUAGCCACAGAAAUUCCUGUCGCUUUUCACCAGUUCCAGGUACGGUGAACGUUAUAUCAUCAAUGUUUGAAAUAGGCUCGUGUGUAUAAUAUGUGAAAUACUGUUGUAUUCCAACAUCAAACAAAUCAUGACCUAAUUAUCUCAAUCUUCCAGUUUUGUUUGAUCCUGUUUCUUAUUUUAAUUUUGAAGACACGAGGUAGCAGCGAGUGCUACAAGCAGCACUGCUUUGUUAUGCCAUUGACAUGCGCGUGUUACAAAUGACAUUUGAUGGACUUGUUUUUCAUUCAGCCUUUAAAUAUGUCAGUAUUUUACUGUAUUUAUAUACUUUGACAUCUCUGGGUUCUGCAUAUUGUUAAAAAUAAAUUAUUAAUAACUAAACUGGUUGACAAGUAAGGAAAGGAAUUGUUUAGUUUCUUUUAUUUAUUUAUUUAUUAUUAUUCAUGUUAGCUCUUUGCGAUAUGUAC